CUGCAGAGUGUAUUCCUCUCACGGCCGACAAAAACCAGUCCGGUUGAUGUGAAAUGAUGACUUAGAUCACAGCGUUACAGGUGACUGGAGACAGCUUGGAGCAUCUGGGAGCCGGAGGAGAGCAGCAGGCGGAUCUUAAACAGCCAGUGCGCUGCUGGAGACGGCACUCUGAGCUAUAGGUGAAUCCCCAACCCGGGAGCGCUGUCCGGGACCAGCGCGUCACCUGAAUGACGGGAUAUGAGAGAAUGAAGCAACUGGGGACGGCAGAGAUAAAACGAGUCCAAGUAACAAGGGUGGAAAAGCGCAUGCGAUGACGGACAGCACAAGGCACAGAGAAGAGGUAAAGCAGAGGGAAGUUGUCUAGCUAAUUAAGGCUCACUCAUCUGGAUAAGAAAACAAACUAACAGAACAAAUGUGCCAAGCGCGCGUAAUUCUAUAACCGAACCGGUAAAACGGAUAUUCUUUUUUGAAAAAAACAAAACUUGAGAAAGAAAGAGUAAAAAUCAUGGAGCCGGAAGGGACAACAGAGGGACAGACUUCUAACAUGGCACAAUCUGCCGCCUCCAAAUUGUCCCAGAUGGGCGAAAGAACUAAACAACUGGGCAUCGUAAUCCAAGACCCAGAACGACAGAAACGGAUUAUUCUAGUAAUAGUCUGCACAGCACUUUUGUUAGACAACAUGCUUUACAUGGUAAUUGUGCCAAUUGUGCCAGAUUACCUUGAAGGGCUACAGAACGCAGCGGAUCGUGCCCACAUUGCUGCUCUUCACAGCAACUUCACUAACAGCACCGCAACCAAGGGGAACUUUGACCUACAGAUAGGCGUUCUUUUUGCCUCCAAGGCCAUCCUGCAGCUCCUGGUGAACCCACUAAGUGGUACAUUUAUAGACAGGGUCGGGUACGAUAUCCCACUCUUCAUCGGACUCAAUGUCAUGUUUCUCUCCACUCUAAUAUUUGCCUUCGCUGACAACUACGCGACUCUGUUCCUGGCGCGCAGCAUGCAAGGCCUCGGCUCUGCUUUCGCCGACACUUCAGGGAUCGCCCUGAUCGCAGACAAGUACACAGAGGAGACAGAGAGAAGCAAAGCGCUGGGUAUUGCCUUGGCUUUCAUUUCUUUUGGGAGUCUGGUGGCGCCCCCCUUUGGAGGGGUCCUCUAUGAGUUCGCCGGGAAGCGGGUGCCUUUUUUGAUUCUGGCCUGCAUUUGUCUCGCUGAUGGUAUUUUAUGUUUGCUUGUACUGAAGCCCUUCUCUAACAGAGAAAGAGAAAACAUGCCAGUGGGCACCCCUAUAUACAAACUCAUGAUUGAUCCUUACAUAGCUGUAGUGGCCGGCGCUCUGACCAUCUGUAACAUACCCCUCGCCUUCCUUGAACCCACUAUCGCCAACUGGAUGGAGGACACCAUGCAUUCCAGCCAGUGGGAGAUCGGCAUGACAUGGUUCCCUGCAUUCUUCCCUCACGUCUUAGGUGUAUUCCUCACGGUUAAACUAGCAGCCAAGUACCCUCACCUGCAAUGGUUUUAUGGGGCUAUAGGGAUGGUUAUUAUAGGUGCGAGCUCGUGCACAGUGCCAGCCUGCAAAAACUUUGGUCAGCUCAUGAUUCCCUUGUGUGGCAUCUGUUUUGGCAUCGCCUUCGUGGACACGGCGCUCCUGCCAACACUGGGUUUCCUGGUGGAUGUGCGACAUGUGUCAGUGUAUGGCAGCGUGUACGCCAUCGCAGAUAUCUCGUACUGUGUGGCUUACGCCAUGGGGCCCGUGGUAGCCGGAGAGAUAGUGCACAACCUGGGGUUCGCUCAGCUCAACUUGGGCAUGGGGCUCGCCAAUGUACUUUACGCACCGGCGCUCCUUCUGCUGAAGAACGUGUCGCAGAUGAAGCCUUCUUUCUCCGAGCGAAACAUGCUCCUGGAAGACGGCCCGACGGGGCUGUAUGACACGAUUAAGAUGGAGCAGCGAGAGAAGAAGAAGAAGGGCUUGUGCACAACGAUCGACGAGAAUGGCAUUGAGACUUUUGCGCAGCGGUCGUACUCAGAGGAGGAAUCCUCAGGAGGAGAGUAUGCGUAAAAGACCUUUAACUGAGUGAAAAACUAUCAAAGUGCCCAUGUAUAGUUGUGUGUGCCCCGUCAGAGUCACUCAAUUGCAUAACACGAUUAGGAUUGUGUAACAACACCAAUUAUUUGCUGCUUCUGGUGACAAUUCCUUUGGGUUUUGUCAAAUCAAACGGUUUUUGCAGUAGAAAGGCGCUCGCUGGCGUUUCUUCAUUUUAAAGUGAGAGUAUUGUGAAAGAUUUGCUGAAUUAAAUGUCUAUUCAUUAACAGUAUGUACCACUGUAUCAGGCUCGUAUUCAGGGAUUGUGUGUAAACGUAUUUUAAGAAAUGAACUACAGUAAUGUAUGCGUCUUUCACCGUGUUCUAUUUUUAUUUUGCUGCUAAACUCAAUAUGCAAUAUUGUAUGUCACAGAACAGUUUGAGAAUGGUGGAAAUCUGCGUCGUGUUGUUUAUUUAUUUUGAAUGAUGUAUUUCUGGAAUGCAUAGCCUCAAUGUAUGAUCUGCGACUGUACAUACAUGUAUAUUCAUGUACAUAAUUAAAUCAGUAUUAUGUGAA